CUGAGUUGACCGACGUGUUUCAAGAUCCCAAAGCGAUUUUUAGGUCCGGGUGGAGGGUCACAACAGGCGCUUCUACACGUGUGACCACUCGGAAACCUUGUCCUGAGAGGAUCAUAUUCAUUCAUGAAAUUAUCUGUAACUCUAAUGUAUUGGACUUGUACCUGUAGGCGUAAAGUCGACUGCUGAACUGACUUCAACUCGGGGAGGAAAUGCCGCUCAAACUGGAAGUUGAUUAGCCUUCACUGCGUACACUACUUAUUAACAGUUCGGGGAAUUUAAACAUAUAUUUUGAUUGGACUUCUCAUUAUAGCUGAAAACAUGAAGUUGUAGGCGAUCUGUCGUCGACUUUCAGUUUAGUUUGUAGUGGUUUAACCCACAGUAGUUGACUGUAAAGUUUAUACUCAAUGAGUAUAUUUAGCAGACUAGUUUAAUAUGAGUGAGAAACAAGCGUUGGGAGACACUACACUUAACGAGGAUCAAACUAAAGGCAACGGGGUGGACUUAGAGAACCAUGUCAAACUGGAUGAGGCGGGUGACGCGGUGCAAUGCGCCGACAAUCAGAGUCAGCUGGACGGUCAUGAAGCGCUGCGACCCACCCGUCUGUACAAACGGCGCUGGAUGAUCGUCCUCCUGUUCAGCUCAUAUUCACUGUGCAACUCCUUCCAAUGGAUACAGUACGGCAUCAUCAACAACAUUUUUAUGAAGUUCUACAACGUGGACGCCUUCACCAUAGACUGGAUGUCUAUGAUCUACAUGCUGACAUACAUUCCCUUCAUCUUCCCCGUGACCUGGCUGCUGGACAAAAAGGGGCUACGGGUCAUCGCGCUUGUGGCCACUGCGCUAAACUGUGCAGGCACAUGGAUCAAAGUGGCCAGCGUCAAACCCAACCUGUUCGCCGUCACCUUUCUGGGGCAGUUCUGCUGCUCGUGCGCGCAGGUGUUCAUCCUCGGGAUGCCGUCGAGAAUCGCGUCAGUGUGGUUCGGUUCAGAGGAAGUGUCCACCGCCUGCUCCAUCGGAGUCUUCGGGAAUCAGCUGGGUAUUGCCAUUGGGUUCCUUGUGCCUCCCAUCCUGGUUCCUAAUGUGGAUGACUUGGACGAGCUGGCUCAUCACAUCAGCAUUAUGUUCUACAUCACAGCAGGAGUGGCUACCUUACUCUUCAUCCUUGUUAUCUUUGUCUUUCAGGAGCGUCCUAAACUCCCUCCGACUCAGGCCCAGGCCACAGCUCGUAGCAUCCCUUCAGAGCAGUACUCCUACACGGCCUCUAUUCUCAGACUGCUCCGCAACAAGCCCUUCAUCCUCCUCAUCAUCACUUACGGUUUGAACGUGGGUUGUUUCUAUGCUGUUGGCACCUUGCUGAACCGCAUGAUCAUCGAGCAUUACCCUGGAGAAGAAGUGAAUGCUGGGAGGAUUGGCCUCACCAUUGUCAUUGCGGGGAUGGUCGGCUCCCUGAUCUGUGGCAUUUGGUUAGACAAAACUAAAACUUACAAGCAGACAACCCUUGCAGUCUACUUCAUGUCUCUGGUGGGGAUGAUAGUCUAUGCUGCUACACUCAAUCUAGGACACCUCUGGGUGGUCUUUAUCACCGCUGGAACUCUCGGGUUCUUCAUGACGGGCUACCUGCCGCUGGGCUUUGAGUUUGCGGUGGAGCUGACGUACCCAGAGUCAGAGGGAACCUCAUCCGGACUCCUCAACUGCUCAGCACAGGUGUUUGGCAUUAUAUUCACCAUCUGCCAGGGGAAGAUCAUGGACAGCUUCGGCACACUGGCAGGAAACAUCUUCCUCUGUGUUUUUCUUUUAAUCGGCACAAUAAUGACAGGCUUAAUUAAGUCUGAUCUGCGGAGACAAAAUGCAAACAUGUUGGCCAAAGCAGCAGUAAGUGAGAAUAAGGCGGAGGGGCAGAUGUCGAGACAAGACUACGGAGCCACAGCGCUAAUCACCCAGCCGCAGACUCCUCCUUCACACGCCUGAUCAAUAAACCUUUCUGCCUUCACAAAAAAAUCUCCUCAAAUCUUAGCUCAACACUCAGAUGCACAAAGGUAGGAGCACAGAGCAAUCAGCAAACACUUUCUAUAAUCACAACACGUGCUUCACAUCUUUCCACCUGUCACUGUUAAACAUCUGUCUCUCACUCGGUUUCUUACCAUCACGCUGAAUAAAAUUCACACAAUCAUGUAAAUAUGAAACAUUUUUUUACUAAGCCUGUUUCAGUUUGUGAUUUCAGAUCGUUAAUACAAAACCAUUGAGGCUUAUUUGAAACUACAGCUUUUUAGUUGUUUUAGUAACACCUGUGCUUGUCCUGCUUAGACAAGUCCAAAUGUCUGCUAUGAAAAAGGCCAAUUAAUAUGCUUUUAUUUGUAUAUGUGUGUGUUUUCAUCGAGCAUUUAGUCAGUUACAUACAGUUCAUCAAGAACAGUACAUUUGAAAAAGUCAAAUACAUACUGGUAUUUCAAAUAACCACAAAGAAGCAGUCAUAUUUCCUUACUGAAGCUACAGAAGGGACUUUAGCAUUUUAAUAGAUCAUUUUGGUCCUAUCUUUUGUCCUUUGCAAAGAGUGUAUCAUUCAAAUUAAAAGUAUUCUGCACAUUAAGUCUAUCAGUAACCUGUAGCAACAGAAUAUACAAAUAAGAUGAUGUGGAAAAAAAAUCCGCAAAAACAUUUGGGCCCUUUUCAAUCAUAUGUUAUCUUGAAUGUGAAUGUGUGGAGGAAAUAUUUAAAGGCUGUACUCUUUAGGAUGAUGUUAGACCGAUCAACCUAAAGUCUACAGAGACAGAAGACAACUUCUGCAUUGAAUCUAUAAAACUGAUGAAUUUAACAAGCCUGUUUUAAAUUGAUAUAGGGACCUUCAGACUGCCACAGUAGAAGUCUGGCUGGAUCGUCUAUCGUCGAAGAAGCCAAGUUUUAGACGCAAAACACACACUAAUAAAGAGUUACAUAAAGGCCUUGAAAAUGACCAUGAACUUGAGAUAGAACAACACCAUCCAGAAGUCUUUAGCCCCACUUCCUUUUAGAUGUACAGUGUUGUAUUAACUAUUUACACAUUUAAAAAAGCUUAAAUGUUGAAUCAAAUUUAAUACAUAAAAUGUAAUGUGCUGCAAUAUGUUUUUUUUUAUAUUUAAGUGUAAAUUGAAUGAUCUCACUAAAUCUGCAAGAAACAUCUGUGAAACGUUUGUGCCUCUACAAUUUUACCUGUCAGUACUUUAAGGAUACAGUGUUGAUUAUGUACAGUACAUUUGCCAUGAGUAAAUGACUGAUUCUGUUAUUGCUUAUAAACACAGAUACUGUAAAUACAGUAUGAGGGAUUUUGGUAUUUGUGGUUAAAAUAAUUUAUACAGCAUUAAAGGGUUUCUAAUCCACACACCGUUGUGUAAUAUGUUUUUUAACACCAUUCAUGUUUACUCAUUUAACAUGAAAUAAAACUGUUUUAUGAAGUUUA